ACGGCGGACAGCGGAGGCAUUUUUUGGGGCAACAAGGACUUUGGAACACAGUUUUUUGUGGUCUAUCUUGAGGCUUUAAAGCAGGUUCCGGUGGUGGUUCAUGGUGAUAUUUUUUUCUGUCAGGAAGUUUGACGUAUUGGGUUGAAGAUUUUUUUUUUUUUUUUUUUGCUGUGUAUUUUGUUUUUGCAUUGGUUUAAGCAGAAGUUGUGGACUACAUUUUUUAUACCCAAAGGCACCGCGAGACAACUUUGUGACUUUGUUGCUGACAAAAGGAAAAAAAAAUUUCUUUAUCUUUUAUCUUCUUGCAACAUUUAAGUCAGUUUUAGUUGACACAUUAAUGCAGUAAAAUCCGAAAUGCUCCUUGUAGUCUGGUCGAUAACUUAAUUGGAUUUCACUCGACACAAUCAAUCAAGUUAAUGUAUAUUUAAAACGCUUUUUUUAAAAAGAGUGUAAUAUCUGUUCAUAGCAGAGACUUUUGUUUCAUGUUGCACUUCUGCACUUCUUUUUUAUUAGGCUAUAAUAGAGGAUCAUGCACAAGCCCCCCUCUUCUUCUUUGUUUAAUGUAUAUGGAUAUUGCAAUGCCAUGCAAUUAAUGUGAAGUAGCCUAGUAAUAUUAAAGAAAUAAGUCUGAACUCUUUAAUGUUUUUGGAGUGAAAGCUGGCAACACAGAGAAAGGAGCAAAAUCUGCAAACUUAGCAGGAAGAGAGGCCAUCAAAAUCACGGAAAUCGUCUGUUUUCCUCUGGCUGAGUUGAAAAUGGAUUUCAUUCAGGCCACACGGUUGUUGUUACACCUGGUCUGAUUCAGCUCCAGCAAAGACCCUGUGUGUAUGUGUAUGUGUGUGUCCCUACUGCUGGAAAUGUUUUGGAAAUUUAAGUUUUCCAAAGAUGGAGCAGGAGUUUGUCUUCGGGACACAGCUGGAGUCGUCUGAUGCGGACUUUUUCUUUUUUUCCCCCAUCGGAACAUUUUUCCUCUGUAACACUCACAGCUGUCUGAUGUGACCCUGUUUUGUUUGCACCACCUGGAAAGUCACUUUGAGUGCUCUUUACUUUCCAUUAAAGACGAUCCCCCGGUUUACCUGGGGGGGAGGUGGAGGGAAGGGGAGGAAGAGGAGGAGGGGGGGGGUGUCAGUGUCCCCCCAAUCAUGACGCGCGCGCGCACACACACACGCACUCCCCCGGUGUGUCGGUGUGACUGAGGACACCGAUGGACGUGAACAUCUGCACGACCUUCUGCAUCAUCUCAUCCCACUACCGGAGAAGCCUGGUCCUUGUCCCGGUCCGGUCCUAACCGAGGUGAGACAGGCUGUGGGUGUUUUGGCUCUGCAGUGACAAGUACCUGAAGAUUGGCUUUUAGACCACGUACGCAGACAUCGCCACAAUGAAUGAGAGGCAGGCGCUCCACUCUAUAAUGAAAGACCUGGUUGCCCUCCAGAUGACGCGGCGCCAGCCUGUGUUGUCUUAUGACAGCGGCAAAACCAAGACACCAGUCCAGGCCAACAGACAGGACGAUGUCAGGAUAAAGUUUGAGUUCUCAGGAGAGAGGAGGAUCCUGAUGUUUGGACGGCCGGUGCAGUUUGAGGAAAUCCAGCAGAAAGUCAAAACUGUCUUUGGCCAACAGCUAGAUCUGCAUUACAUGAAUAAUGAGUUAUCCAUCCCUCUGCGAGAUCAGGAUGACCUCGACAAAGCAAUCGACCUGCUAGACCGAAGCUCCAACAUGAAGAGCAUCAAGAUCCUGCUGCUCACACAGGAGCACAGCAACGCCUCCUCUCCGUCCCACCACGGUCCAUGUAAACAGGUGAGGAUCAAGGCCUCCCAGUCCACUGGAGACGUCAGUACGGUGUACCAGUCCUCCGAACCCAGAGGGCGCCAUCUAUCAACUGGUUCUCAGAACACAGGGCGUAGCUCGCCGCCCCCUGGCUACGUGCCUGAACGCCAACAGAGGAUCGCCCGCCAAGGUUCAUACACCAGCAUAAACAGUGAGGGGGAGUUCAUCCCCGAGACCAGCGAUCAGUGUGUGCUGGACCCCUGGAGCAGUGCAGAAAACUCUAUCUCUGGAAGCUGUCAGUCGCUGGACAGCAACUCAGACAGCCCUUCACUGAGGAAGUCUCGAAUGCACAGAGCCAAGAGUUACCCUGAUAAUCGUCAGGAGUGCUCAGACAGGGAGAAUCACGUGUAUGACAGGGUAGCGGGGAAGGGAGGCACCUUUCCCCGCAGGUACCACGUCUCCCUGCAUCAUAAAGACCACAGUGAAGGUCGGCGAACAUUUCCGCGGAUUCGUCGCCCCCAGGGGAACCUUUUUACUCUGGUGCCCUCACGACGGUCGCUCAACGGCAGCGAGGAGAGUGUGGGCAGCUGGCAGCUGGUCGACGCCCAGGGCAGACUACGUCCCCAGGAGCGCGCUGUCGCACAUAAAUCACCCAGCGCCCCGCUGACGUGGCGGCGGGGGAAGCUCCUGGGCCAGGGAGCGUUUGGGCGAGUUUACCUGUGUUACGAUGUGGAUACCGGGAGGGAGCUGGCUGCUAAGCAAGUCCAGUUUGAUCCCGACAGUCCUGAGACCAGCAAGGAAGUCAGCGCGUUGGAGUGCGAAAUCCAGCUGCUGAAAAAUCUGCAUCACGAGCGAAUUGUUCAGUACUACGGAUGUCUGAGGGAUCACAAUGAGAAGACCCUCACCAUUUUCAUGGAGUACAUGCCGGGGGGUUCAGUCAAAGACCAGCUGAAAGCCUACGGCGCUCUGACGGAAAAUGUGACCCGGAAGUACACAAGACAGAUCCUGGAGGGGAUGUCCUACCUGCACAGCAACAUGAUCGUACACCGGGACAUCAAAGGUGCCAACAUCCUGCGGGAUUCAGUAGGCAACGUGAAGCUCGGAGACUUCGGUGCCAGCAAGAGGCUGCAGACCAUCUGCAUGUCUGGCACCGGCAUCCGCUCUGUGACCGGCACCCCCUACUGGAUGAGCCCGGAGGUGAUCAGCGGAGAGGGCUACGGCAGGAAGGCUGAUGUGUGGAGCCUCGGUUGUACGGUGGUGGAGAUGCUGACAGAAAAGCCUCCGUGGGCUGAAUUCGAAGCCAUGGCAGCCAUCUUCAAGAUCGCCACCCAACCCACCAACCCGCUGCUGCCCUCGCACACCUCCGACCAGGCGCGGGACUUCAUCCGCUGCAUCUUCGUGGAGGCCAAACACAGGCCAAGUGCUGAGGAGCUGCUCAGACAUCCCUUCUCACAGAUCUUGUGCUAAAACCUGCCCGGUUUCUGAACUUCAAACCGCAGCGUAGCACAGUAGUAGCCUCAGCACUUAUCUGUAGCGUCCCGUCCGUGGCAGAAAAAUGCAGAUGUGGAACUGAUCCAGAUGUCAGCGUUAAACCCACUGAGCACAUUUCAGACACUUAAAAAGAAGAUUCAGUCUCUUCUGAUGCAAAUCCAAAGGACAAGCCAGUAUGUGCUCUUACAAGAGUCGCCACCAGGGGGAAGCAAGACACAGGUGAAGCACCUGGUGAGCUGCUGAUCCCCCUCAGAUACAAACACUUAUGCUCACACUCCCAAAAAAAAACGAUGCUCUCCAAAGGCAACAGCAUGGAGUAACAGCUCAUGCACCAGUUGUGUCUUCAUUAAGUAUUCACUCCAGUGUUUAUAGUCUCUUUUUGGGCAGUUUUGAGCAACAACAGGAAGCUCAGAAAAAGGCUGAGCAGCAUUUUUAAAGCUACAACAGACGUAAAGCUCAAAAUCUGCCCAUUGCAUGUUUAACAUCACUGGUGCACUACAGUGUUAAAUGGACAUUGAUUGUUCUCCUUUUUUUUCCACCUGUCUUCCUUUUUCCUGUCAAACAAAGAAAACUCCACCCUCAGAGCUACAACUCUUUAAAAUCUACUUAAGCUAAUUUUGAUGCAGUCAUUUCAUUUCAGGCUUCAUGUUGGUGUCGACGGGGUGAUAAACAGAUGAAUUGACGUCAUGUUGAGAUGUGUCAUGCAUAGCUACACUGGAGAUUAAUAGCAGAACAAUGUUAAGCUGUUGAAAUCCUUGACGGUAAAUGAGCCAAGGCACGUUUUGGUUUCAGAAUGAAGACAUCAGUCAGCAUGGUUAGGAAAUCUGACAGGUUCAAAUUCAUGAUAAGAGCCAAAUACCUGAAUUUCUCUGCUGACAGUAGCCUCAAUAGUCUGUGAUACACCACAGCUAUGAGCCCCAGGUUGGUACCUCUUCUGUAUUACCAAUACAUUUUGAGUCACAGGUCAAUCAAUCAAUCAGACGUUUCAGUACGAACGGAAAUGGAGGAAAUGCUAACAACAACAUCCGAAAAUUGUGUGAAAAAAGAUAAAAUACUAAAAGUUAAGUGAGUUAAAUCAGAAAUGUAAGGUAAGGUAUUUAUAGGGAAAAUGAGGAUAUAAAUAUGAUAAAAUAGUAAUCAAUUAAAAGAGAGGAGAUGUGUUUAAGUAAGUUAAACCAGAUGUAAAAAAGGUUAUAGGUUAUAAAAGGAAAAACCAUUAAGAAAAUAAACAUACAAUAAAAGGAUAAACCAAGUAAAA